AUGGAGGUUGCAUAUCGCACUCGAUUAACGACAACUUUAGAUGUUACACGUUUACUUUUGAAACAAGGUUUGCCUUUCCGUGGACAUGACGAGUUAUUGAGUUCUUCAAAUAAAGGUAACUUUCUUGAAUUGAUUGAGUGGUAUACCCAAAGAAAUGAUGAGGUUGCCAAGACCAUGAAUGAAAAUGCCCCUGGAAAUAAUCAAAUGAAUUCUCCAACAGUUCAAAAGGAUUUAACACGGGCUUGUAUUGCUGAAGUCACAAAUGUCAUUCUUAAUGAUAUAAAAGACAAUAUAUUUUCUCUUAUGGUUGAUGAGUGUCGAGAUAUUUCAAUCAAAGAACAAAUGAGAGUUGUUUUAAGAUACGUGAACAAACAUGGAUGUGUUAUUGAAAGAUUUCUUGCUAUUGUACAUGUGUCUGACACUUCUGCUAUUUCUUUGAAGAAGACUAUUGAUGAAUUGUUUGCAAAACAUAAGUUGUCAUUAUCAAAAUUGAGAGGUCCAGGAUACGAUGGAGCUUCAAAUAUGCGAGGUGAGUAUAAUGGAUUGAAGGCUCUUAUAUUGAAGGAAAAUUCAUUUGCAAGGUAUGUCCAUUGUUUUGCUCACCAACUUCAACUAGUUGUUGUUGCAGUUGCUAAAAGCAAUCGAAUUGUUCUUGAUAUGAUGGUUCAAGAGAUGAAUAAUAGAUUUUCAGAAUCAAGUACGGAGGUACUUACUUGCAUUGCUUGCUUAGAUCCAAAGGACUCUUUUUCUCAAUUUGAUAUUGGUAAGCUACUCCUCCUUGCUGAACUUUAUCCGGAGGACUUUUCAUUGACUAAUCGCGUAAUACUUGAGGACCAACUUGAGACUUACAUUCAAAAUGUACGAGGUGAAUUUUCUAUGAUUGAAGAUUUGGGAAGUCUUGCUAAAAAGAUGUUAGCAUUAGUUUUACCAGUUGCAACUGCUUCGGUUGAAAAAGUUUUUUCUGCAAUGAAAAUUAUCAAGAUUGAUUUGCGUAAUAGGAUGGGGGAUGAGUGGAUGAAUGACAGUUUGAUAAUAUAUAUCAAGAAGGAUAUUUUUGCUACAAUUGAAAAUGAACAAAUUUUACAACAUUUUCAAGAGAUGAACACUCGUAGAAUCCAGUUGUCUCCUCUUGUUUAUAUGUCUAGAUUUGAUGCUGGUAGAAUAUGA